ACAGGUGUUGAAAGCACAGACAUUUACAUAGAGCAAGUGUCAACAAAAACUGUGCUCCAUAUAUAUCAUCACAAAUUCACAACCCUCAAAUCCCUCAUAAGUCAUAACAAACACAGGUUAGCUGAUACAAAUUUAAGUUUCAUCUCAUCUCUCUCUUUAAGGAUACAAAAUUCAUGGCUUGUGCUUCAGCAAUCACUCUAUUUUCCUGUCUUCUUCUUUUCUUCCUACUAUUUGCUGAUGGAGAACAAACAAAGUUGUGCCCACCGUGGUGUGUUUCUAGGCUUGAUGCUUCGAAUGAACGGAUCAAGAUUUCAUUGGACUGGAUCUGUAAAAACGGAGCGGAUUGUGGCCCAAUAAGCCCAGGUGGCCCAUGUUAUGUGCAAGGUGACAUUAAGGCCAUGGCCUCCUACGCCUUCAAUUACUAUUUUCAAAUGACUAGGGUGUCUGGUGGGUUUUGUGAUUACGGUGAAGUUGCUGUUUUGUCUACUAAAGAUCCCAGUCACGGUGCUUGCAAGUUCACAUGUACACCAUAUUAGAGAUGAAUUGUUGUUCAGAAAUGCAUGAAAAUGAAUUUCACACACUACAUUCGAGGAGCAAAUGCACAUUACUAAGCUCCUUUUAGUGUAAUGUAAUUAUGUAAAUGACCCUUGUAAUUAUGUCCCCCAAUGAGUGAGUUAUAAGAGCAUUAUAAACUAGAAUCAAAGGAGGCGACUUUGACAUAUGACCUAUUGUAUACGGAUGCUUGGUCUUUCUAGGCCACGGCCUAAUUGGCCCCCUUUAAACUGUUACGAUGUAUAAAUGCUCGCCUUGAAUUUCAAAAGACAUGUAUGUAACUCAUAUUGUUUGUAUUAUUGUAUGUGAACAAGUAUAUUUUAAUACUUCCAGUGUGAAA